AUGGUGACCACGAGGAAUACGACCGUUGAAGAUCCGGCGGAGGCGAUCAGAGCCUUGCGGCAACAGAUGGAGGACAUGAGGCGGCAACAUGAGCGAGAGUUAUCGGCCGUGCGAGAGGAAUGUGCCGCUCGGAUUGCUAGGGAACGGGAAAUCCGGGAGAAAGGUAAGGACCUGUCAGAGCGUCAACAGGAGGAUGAGUUUAGGAACUCGAACGGUCAGGAGGGAACGGCCGAGCAUAGUAGUGCCUCGGAUAAGACUUGGAAAUUGGAGGACACGGAGUUAGAGGGGAGUCAGGUGAGAACGGAGAGAAUAACCGGCACUGUUAACACGGCACCGGUUGGAGGGGCGCCGCUGGUAAAAGAGGAAGAGGUAGUUGAAGGGUUACCGUUCACACGGGCCAUCAUGGACGUCCAUAUUUCAGAGCACUUUGUGCCCCCUCAACUAAGUAUAUAUGACGGUACAACCGAUCCUGAUGAUCAUAUUCAGGCCUUCUCCACCCGGAUGGCGUUCCGAACGGGCAACAGGGCGAUUUGGUGUCGGGCUUUCUCCCUUUCAUUAGAGGGUGAGGCACUCGAAUGGUUUAAUGCUUUGCCUGCGGGAUCUAUUCAGAGUUUCGAGGGGCUGAAGGAGAUGUUUGGGCGACAGUUCGCUGGUAGCCGGGCCGAAGACCCCACGGUCUUUGAACUUUCCAAUCUUAGGCAGGGGAAAGAUGAGACAUUGAAAGCAUUCAUGGACCGUUAUCAGAAGAUGGUCCGAAGGGUUAAGGGAUUAAACGUUGAAUUGGCCCUGCAAUAUGUGAUGCCCGCCCUUCGCCCAGGUCCCUUUAAGGAUAGUGUGUGCCGGAAAAGACCGAAGACUAUGGAGGAGUUGAGAGAGCGGGCGGCAGAUGAAAUGAGGGUGGAGGAGAUGAAACAAGCUUACAAGAAGGAAAACCAGGAGUUGAAGGAAAAAGCUGAAGGUAAGAAACCUGACGGGUCCUCGCGAACGGGGAGUUUCAAGCCGCGGGAAGCCCCCCAAGGACCCAAGUUCCAACAAUAUACCCCACUAAACGCCCCUCCCGCUCGUAUCUUGCAGGAAGCACUGAGUGUCAAUCUAAUUCCCCCCCUAAAGAAGCGGCCUACGCCGGCCGGAGCUGAUGGCAAUAAGGAUUGCUUAUAUCACCAAAACAUGGGACAUACCACCGAGGAGUGUGUGACCUUGCGGGACAAGAUAGAAGAGUUGAUCCGCGCCGGGCACCUGAAACAAUACAUCAAAACGGCGCCCGCCGAACCUCAGCGGGGGCGGGGGCCAAGUCCCGCCUCCCGGAGAGAUCAAGGUCGGAGUCCGAGCCGACCACUCCGGCGGACGGACAAUCGAUCAAGUUACGAUAACCGAAGGAGGAGAAGUAGAAGUCGCAGUGGUGAUCGUGAUCGGUCGAUCCGCGGUCGAAUCAAUACGAUAUCGGGCGGGUUCGCGGGUGGGGGACCGUCAACCUCCGCUCGGAAGCGCCAUGUGAGGGCAUUGCGCUCAGUAAACAGUGUCCAAGCUACCCGGAAAUCUAUGCCGCCGAUAACGUUCACGGACGAUGACUUUCACGCCCCUGAUUUGGAGCAGGAUGAUCCGAUGGUUAUCACGGCGGAAAUCGCCCGGUAUGAGGUAGGGAAGUUCCUAGUAGACCAAGGAAGCUCGGCCAAUAUCCUUUAUUGGAAGACUUUCUUGCAGAUGGACCUUUCGGAGGAACUGAUCGUCCCUUUCCACGAGCAGAUUGUGGGCUUUGCCGGAGAGCGGGUGGACACCAAAGGGUAUGUAGAUCUUCGCACCCGACUAGGAACGGGGAGGGAUGGCGAUGAGAAGAAGGUUCGGUAUCUGCUGGUGGAUGCCAACACUUCAUAUAAUGUUCUGUUGGGGCGCCCGUGCCUUAACUCUUUCGGUGCCAUUGUGUCCACACCCCAUUUAACUUUGAAGUAUCCCAACGAGAGGAAGAGGAUUAUAACGGUGCGGGCCGAUCAGAAAACGGCGAGGGAAUGUUAUGCUGCCGGAUUACGCAUGUACCCUCGGGUGCCAAGGGCAAAAGUGCCACGAUCGGAGGUGGCCAUGGCUGAGCUGGACCCACGGGUGGGAACGGAGGAUAGAAUGGAGCCGCACGGAACGGUGUAG